UCCUUCCUUCCUUCCUUCCUUCCUUCCUUCCUUUUUCUCUCUUUCUUUCUUUCUUUCUUUCUCUCUCUCUCUUUUUUCUUUCUUUCUUUCUCUCUUUCUUUUCUUUUCUUUCAUCCCUACCACUUAGCACAAUGCCUGGAACACAGUAGGUGCUUAAUUCAAGUUUAUCUCCUAGCUGUCUGUUUCUAAAUCCAACCUUCUUUCCAUUGUAAUCUCUGUCAAACAUGACUUGUCAUUGAAGGGUUUCUGCACUGAAAGGAAGCUCAAAUAAAAUUAAUAAUGACAAUAAUAAUAACUACAUUAAAAGAGAGGUUGUAUACUAAGUGACCUCUAAAGUAAAGUGCCUUCUUAACUCUGGAAUUAGAAAUUACUGUGCUUCCAAUAUUCUAAAAUUCUGUUUAGAAGGCCUAUUGUAAGUCCCUUUGUAAAGCAAAGUCCCUUAAUUUAUUCUUUUAAUACAAAUAGGAUUUUAAAAUUCAUUACCAUGGAUUGAUUCUGAACUAUUCCCCUUCUUCCAUAAGAUGUUCAGGGCCAAGAGUAUGUUUAUGUAGGAGAAUCUUUAGCACUAACCCCCAGCCCCCACCCAACAGAGAGGGAGAUGUCCUUGGUCCUCUCUCCCCCCAGGACCUCACUAUAAAGUUCUUUGGGGGGGAAUUCUCCUCCCCCCCCCCAUCCUACAGAGCCCUUGAGCAUGGUAAUUCCAUCUAGAGGCAAGACCCCUAUGUAUAUCUCUUAGACCUUCCUACUGCAGAGUCUAGGAGCACCCGGGAUGGAGCUGGCCAGCACUCCAGGAAGGAGAAAAAGGAAGGAGGAUGAUAGAGAGGGGAGGGAGGAGGGGGCGAGGCUGGAGGCAGGCUGAGGGAGGAACAAUAGCCCCCUCCCCUCUCCCUGGCUGGCUAAGGGGGUGGGGUCUCCCCGCCCCUCCCUCCCUCCCCCCACCUCCCUGCUCCUCCCCUAACAAGGAGAUGAGGUAAUUGAGGAAGAGGCACAGACCCAAGCUGAGCUGCUGCCUGGUGGCCCCAGCCCUGAUCCCAGCCCAGCUCAGCCCCUCUUCAGUGUGCCAGCCCCUACCACCCUCCUAACCCCAAGUGAGUCGGACUCUUCGGCUCCUGCUGCCCCCGGGCCCAGAGCCCAGAGUGGCCAGGGAUGACGGAGCGCUGCAGCCUGUGGAGUGCCCUGUCAGCGGCGGCAUGCUGCUUCUACCGGGGUUCCUUCGUGCAGUUCUCAAAGGAGAAGUACAUAUUGGACUCUUCCCCAGAGAAACUUCACAAAGAACUAGAAGAAGAGCUGAAGCUGAGCAGUACUGAUCUCCGAAGCCAUGCCUGGUACCAUGGCCGCAUUCCCAGAGAGGUCUCAGAGAGCCUUGUUCAACGGAACGGAGACUUCCUCAUCCGUGAUUCACUGACUAGCCUGGGUGACUACGUCCUCACCUGUCGCUGGCACAACCAGCCCCUGCACUUCAAGAUCAACAAGGUCAUGGUCAAGGCCAGUGAGAACUAUACCCAUAUCCAAUACCUCUUUGAACAGGAGAGCUUUGACCACGUGCCUGCCUUGGUCCGCUAUUAUGUGGGAAGCCGCAAGGCUGUGUCCGAGCAGAGCGGAGCCAUUAUUUACUGUCCCAUCAACCGUACCUUCCCCCUGCGUUACCUGGAAGCCAGCUAUGGGCUUGGCCAUGGCAAGUCUGGGGGCCCUGCCAGCCCCUCUAGCCAGAAAGGAGGCCACAUGAAAAGAAGGAGCGUCACCAUGACCGACGGACUGACGGCAGACAAGAUAACCAGAGGCGAGGGCUGCCCCACCAGCGUGUCUCUGCCCCAUCACCGUGAUGCCAUCCGCAACUGUGCCCUCAGCAUGGACCAGAUCCCAGACCUGCACUCUCCCAUGUCUCCCAUCUCCGAGAGCCCUGGAUCACCAGCCUAUAGCACUGUGACCCGCGUGAAUGUUCCAGGCAUCCCAUCUGCUGGCAUGACGCCCACUUCCCCUGUCAUCCGUCGUUCCAGUGAGCCCCAAUUAUGCCCAGGAAAUGGCACCAAACCACCACCUAGUGAGCCAGGCAACAGCGUCCACCCCACCCCUUGUCACAGCUACCGUCAGGCCUCCCCAUCCCCAUCCCUCAACAGCUACAGCGACCCGGACUCUGGCCACUACUGCCAGCUGCAGCCCCCCAUAAGGGGCAGCCGAGAACGUGUGGCGCCAGAACCCCCAACCCGCCUUGGUGGGGUCAAGAGCUAUGUGGAACGCCUAAAAGUGGAAGAAGGACAGCACUUGAUGGGUGGGCGGGCACCAGAGAACGGACCCCGUGAAGGGGACCAGGGUGGGGGCUUCAUACCGCCCGUCAUAGAAGUCACAUCUUCCUUCAAUCCCACCACCUUCCAGUCGCUAUUGAUUCCCAAGGACAACAAACCCUUGGAGAUGAGCACCCUCAAGAAGGUGAAGGAACUGCUUGCUGAUGUGGACGCUAAGACAUUGGCCCGGCAUGUCACCAAAGUGGACUGUCUGGUUGCUAGGAUACUGGGCGUUACCAAGGAGAUGCAAGGGCUCAUGGGAGUCCGCUCGGGCAUGGAGCUGCUCACACUCCCCCACGGUCGGCAGCUCCGACUGGACCUGCUGGAACGGUUCCAUACCAUGUCCAUCAUGCUGGCUGUGGACAUCCUGGGCUGCACAGGCUCCACAGAGGAGCGGGCAGCCCUGUUGCACAAGACCAUCCAGCUGGCAGCAGAGCUCCGAGGAACUAUGGGCAACAUGUUCAGCUUUGCUGCAGUCAUGAGUGCCUUGGACAUGGCCCAGAUCUCACGACUGGAGCAGACGUGGAUGACUCUGCGACAGCGGCACACAGAAGGGGCCAUCCUGUAUGAGAAGAAGUUGAAGCCCUUCCUGAAAAGUCUCAAUGAAGGCAAAGACAGCCCUCCACUGAGCAACACAACCUUCCCUCAUGUGCUACCCCUCAUCACCCUUCUGGAGUGUGACACUGCACCCGCAGAGGGGCCAGAGCCUUGGGAAAGCACAGAGCAUGGGGUAGAAGUCGUCCUUGCCCACUUGGAAGCUGCUCGCACUGUGGCCCAUCAUGGGGGCCUGUACCACACCAACGCUGAGGUCAAGCUUCAAGGAUUCCAAGCGCUCCCAGAGCUUCUGGAAGUAUUCAGCACAGAGUUCCAGAUGCGCCUUCUCUGGGGUAGCCAAGGGGCAGCCAGCAGCCAGGCCCUUCGCUAUGAGAAGUUUGACAAGGUCCUCACUGCUCUAUCCCACAAACUGGAGCCCGCUGUCCGUUCCAGUGAACUGUAGCCUUCCCAGACUCCCCAUCACCUCAACAUUCCCCACCCUCAUGGCUGCAGGCAGCUUUUGGGGUAGGGAGAAAGGGGAAGAGAACGGGUAUCCCCCACAGGCCUGGGGCUGGACACAAACCAAAACCCUCGCAAUACAGAAAGCAGCCAGACUGUCCAAAUAUACACUGGAGGCAUCCAUCCAAGGGAUAUGGGGCUGUUAGAGCCUUUGGGACUAGGAAAGGGCCAUAGAGUGCCCAGGACAGUCCCCCACUUCAGCUCUCAUUCCCUCCCCUGACCGACACUGUUCAAGGAAUACCUCCUAAGCCUCUCCUCUGAUGUCUUCUCAGUUUCCCUGAGCACCUGUCAUGGUCCUUGACACUGCUCCCAACCUUCUCCCUAUUUUUCCCCUUACGCGUUCAGUGGGCAUCCUAAAAGGAAGGCCCUAGUUCCCUCCAUCACUUUUCCCCUCAUUUCUCCUUCAAUUCUUCCCCACUGCCUGGCCCCCUAUACUUCUAUUGGAGUCCCUUUUAUUCCUGCCUCUGGGUCUCCAUUUCCCUCCCUCCCUUCUUCCUCUCCUGGGAAGAGACUCAAUUUUGUUGUAAAUAAGUCCAGUUCAUUCUGUAAAUAUAUGUACAGACAUUGUGUUCUUUCUUUCAUACAAUAAACCUUUCUGGAUCUUC